UGACAUCUAGUCAGAUUGCAUUGUGAUCUCUACCAUGAAGUUCUUGGCUCUGUUUGUGUGUCUUUUAAUCGCGCUAAUCGCAGUUAAGGCAGAUCCUUUAUCGCCGUCUUUUCAAAAAUGCCUGGAUGAAAUAAGUGAUGCGGAACUGUGUGAAAAUUUCAAAGAUCAAUUUCCGGAGGAUGCACCUGCUGUUCCUCUCGAUGAAUUUACCUUCGAGGCCUAUUCUGGAUAAUUUAACUUUACUUUCGUUGAGUAAUUCCGACGAACGCGAAUUAAGCUGAAUAAUUUAUUGUGCACUAUUGCUUUAUAAGCUAAAC